ACAAAAUGGCGGCGCCGGGGGGAGCGGAGCCGCCUCGCGUGGUGCCGAGCCCCGCGUCCCCGCUCCUCACCGCCGAGGCGCCGGCCGCCCCGGAGCGCGGGAGGGGGCCCCACCGCCGCGGGGUGGCGGCGGCGGUGUCGGUCGGCCCCUCGGUGUCCGUGGUGUUCCCGGGCGCCGUGAGCCGGGAGAGCUGCUGCCGCUUCGCCUGCGAGCUCCUGAAGCACGUCCUGUACCAGCGGCACCAGCUCCCGCUGCCCUACGAGCAGCUCGCCUACUUCUGCCGGCGGCAGGCCCAGGUUGGGGAUGUGAUUAAAAAGCCACCCUCUGUGGACCUGGCAAACAAGAAAUGCCAGCAGGUGCUGAUGGAUCUGGAAGGAAUGCUCCAGCACUUGGAAGUAAUGUUUGGUUUGACUCUGGUUCCCCGGGUCCUUAUCCUACUUGGAGGCAGUGCCGUGAGUCCCAAGGAGCUUUAUGAGCUCAACUUGGAGGGGGUCUGUGUGAGCAGUGCUGAGAAGAGCCUGAAGACCACAUCCUGUGUGCGUAAGCUCUUUCACUCGCUCUUCAUAGCAGAUGUCUUCAGUGAACUUAAGGCUCUGCCUGUCAUGGGCGCUGUUGUCAUGCUCCAAGGACACCGCGAUUGUGGUGUUGAAUGGUUCCGGCCCAAGCUCAACUAUAAAGUACCAACUCAAGGGAGGAAACUAACUGUUAAUUUGUCCUGUGAUGGAGACAUCAGUGUAAGUGCCUCAGCUCCUUCAAGUAUGACUUCUGCUUGGGAGGACUACAUAUGGUUUCAAGCACCAGUGACGCUCAAGGGCUUUCAUGAAUGACCUGUGCUCUGUAGAAUUUCAAUGGAGUAUUGAAUAACCUUUGGUGCUACUUUAUGUGGUAACUUGAUCAAAUGUAACAGCACAUGCUUGUCUGUCUGAAUCUCUUCUCCAGGGUACCUACUGCCUUCCUGUAGCUGGACUGCGUUCUUCCAUGUUCAUCUCCUGAAUUGUCUUUGAAAGCAAAUACCCUCUAAGGCACAGUUGCAUACAGAUACCAUGAUUCAUUAGGAACCCGACCUGAGGCACAGGAAAUGAAUUAGUGUCUUGGGAAUAAAACUUCUUAGCCACCUACUUGUUGAACUGACAAAUACUGGAUACAGUUUUCUGAGUUUUAUUGCAGCUACAUCUCUGGUAAUAAUGACUGUUAGCUGAUUAUUUCGGAUUAUAGAUAAUGUAUACAAUUAUUAAUAUAGUUGACCUUUACCACGAAGGCUGUAACUAUUUUUAUCUACCCCACUGCUGUGAAAGGAGACAUUUUCCUGCAGUCUGAUCAGGUUCGAGUACUGAAGUGCUUGCCCAUCUAUUUCACAAAAUCAGACUUCCCCAUGACUCAGUUGCAGUUUGUUAACAAUCUAAGGAGUGGAACUUUUCAGCAUUUGGGAGAUUUCAUACCUAGCACAGUGUCUUUUACAGGCAAUGAAAAGAGGUUAAGCAGUCCUAUGGAGGCAGGGGAGCACAUUUUCUUAUUUUCUACUAACCUUUAGUCCAUCAGACCUGACAAUCAGUUUGAUAUACAGUUAACAUUAGGAGUAAGCAAUUUCUUCUCUAGCCUUCUUCAGAGAAAGUUAGGACUCCUGCCCCAAUAUGAUAGUUUAUUCUCACUUAACAAAAACAAAAGGCAAAAUUCUUCUUGCUUGCUUUUGCCUUUCAGAUAUUUCAGAGUCUUAGACUCUAAAAGCUUCUGAAAUGAAGCGUAGGUAAGGGGCAUGUCAUCAAGUUCAGCACUAUCUUUAACUGUCACCUCCUGCACUAAGUCAAAAUGUCUUACCAGGAAGCAGAACUUGAGUCCUUUCUUCUGGACUAAUGUCUAGUACAGAAUGGGACAUGGAGGGAGGGAAAGAAACCUGUGAAUCACAGUGUGCCAGAACUAGAUAUCUGCUGGAGUUGUCUUGAAUCAUCUGUGCAUGUAUCUGUAACGUAAUGAGCUUAAUAGCUCCAUUCCCUUUGAAGAGAAUCUCUAGUCUACUGGCAGUGAGGUUGUUUGCAGUUAUCUGCUAGCAAAAGCUGCUUGAUGGGGUGGUAAAAGUCCUUUGAAAGGAGAUCAGAGGGUGAAGUAACCUUCCAUACCUGGUACAUAUUUUAAGCUUGUCUGACAUUUUGGCAUGAAAUAAGAUUGUAGAACUGGAAGGAAAUUAGUGAAGUUCAUAUUUCUGAGCUUGGAGAACACUAGGAGUGCAGUCUUUGCCUUACUAUCCCCUGACAACUGUCAUAUAAUGUGUAGUAACUGCUAAAGUUAGCUCCAGGGGAAAAAACUGCUAAAAUAAAGUUGCCUUAUGUACGGCUGCCCACUUGGGAAUGUAAUCACAGGUCUCUUGAAUGAAAUAUAACUUGAACUAUUCAGUAGGAGUGUUUGGUGUGCUCAGGAGAUCAAAGCCCUUCCGCACUUGCACCAAAGCUACUUGUAAUGCAUAUUUAAGAAUGCUAGCACUCAAGAAUUUAAAGAAGCUUUUGAAAAGACGCCUUAGUUCUGGGGAACAAGGGGCAUGCUCCUUACUGCUUUAUCCCCCAAAUGAGUGCAAUGUUACUGCAUUAAACUGUUUACAUACUCUGUUAUACUUGAACUAUGAAUGCAGCAAUGAUAUGGUGCUGGGAAUAAAAGAUGACAAGAUGCUUUUUUACAUAGGAAGAGCUUUAGAACUUGUUAAUCAAGUUUAGUAGUUAUAAUCAUUAUCAAAAUAAAAUGUUGGCUUCUGUAUUGUGAUUACAUUGAGUUUAUUUAAUCCCUCAAAGUAAGGCUUCCGUGGGUAGCAGAACAGCUUGCUUCUUUUCUACGUAUCUAAACUACAUGUUCACAGCUGCUCCACCCUUCUCACAAAGCGUAUGAUGUCUUGUGCCAGAAGCUUUGGUUCCUCAAAAGCAGCAAAAUGGCCUCCGCGGGGCAUGUAAGAGUAACUGACAAUGUUCUUGAAGACCUUCCUUGCCCAGGAAUGUGGUGUAUGUGCUAUCUCCUCAGGAAAAGCUGCGAUCCCCGAGGGAACAUAUACUCCAACCCUAAAAAGACAGUUAACUGCAUUUUCAAAACAGUUCUUAGGGAAAAUCCGACUUUCAGAGUCCGAAGUAACACCUUUUGACUCUGGCAGCUGUCAUGGCGAGUCGGAGAAAUUUUACCAUUUUGUAGUCUAUACUCUGCUGAAGAGCUUCAUUUGUAUUUGAAUCUCUUUGAGUUCAAAAAUGUUAUAUCCAAAGAUGCAUAAAAUGAAGCCCACUUCACAAACAGUAUUAAAUCUUGGAAAAUGUUUCAGGUUUUUGAGAUUGCUGUAUAGCUUUGUGAUAUGAGAUAGCACAUCUCUAUGUGAAACUCAUGAAUGAGUUAACUCAUUUACUUUCGGAUUUAUGGUACCAGUAUAAUAAAUUACCCUCUUGAGAGGGAAGGUAAACUGGUUGUCAGUCUACAGAGAACAAGACUCCCCUAUUUUGUUUCUAAUACCAAUCACUUGGAGAGGAGUUCUGCUCAGCAGUGUGUUUCCUGGUCAGCCUCUCUUGUAGUCAUCUUAAAGCCAGCAGCUGUUAGAAGAUGUUGGGUUUCAAGUACUGCUCUCCUGGAAGCUUGUUUCUUUAGAAAAAUCCCUUCCCAAACUGCUUCUACAAGUUUCUGCUUAACAGCUGUAGUUCAUAGUUUAUCCACCAGUAAGCCAUAUCCUUCCUAAUUCAGUUUAAACUUGUUAGAAAUGCUCAUGAUUUUCUGUUUUGUUUUUACCAAACCAAGCCAUGGAUUAUGUUUGUUUGUCUGGUAAAUCUAUAGACCUGUAUUUGG